AUGCCCUACAUCUAUGUCUCUACUGAGCCAUUUCUUCCCAUUACCCUGAAACGCCUUCCCUCAGAAGCACUUAUCCACGGUCAACUGGGUAACAGUUUCCUGGUGUGUAUCAGUGACUGUUGCCUCGGAUACAUCGUCUCUCACGUCGCCUCCAGUGGUGCCUGCACUCAUGUCUUUUUGCAUCUACUCAAGCCUCUCAUAACUGGCGCCAAUAACAUCAGUAACUGGGGCGAGUGGGAGCAGUGGAACGGAAGUGGUGAUGUGAUCCACAAUUCUACCAUCUGCAGAGACCACUCGGUUGUGAACAGGAAGGAGGAGAAGGAGGAGGGACUGUAUCCCCACCAUCCCAUCGGUCAAUCAUUCCCUCCUGUCGCCUCCUCCACUUCCUCCGUCACUGUCUCUUCCAGUCCUCCAUUUGCUGACUACUUCGCUUUCCUCUUCUACCGAAACUAUGCAGACUAUGCAAACUAUGCCGUCUUCUGA